UUUCAUAGUCAUGUCAACUGUUAAAUUGCUAAUUAUAUGAGUUGUUUUGGUGCUUUUGACAGUCGGUUUAGUAACGUUAGCUGUGUUGUAGAGCUAAGGUUAACUUACCUAGCAUGACUCGAAGCGUAAAAUAAGGCAAACUGAUUUGGCUAACUGUUAGCUAACCAUAUUUCAGGACAUUAAGUCCAUUCUGAUAUUACAAGCUUUGACAAGUGAUAAUCUAGCUACCUACUUGGGAGAAGAACAGACCAGUUUCGUCAAUUAGUCAACAGGCAGUCAGUAUAUUUGCAUUACUUAAACAAGUUAGCUGGCCAUUAAAAAGUUAGCCUCCCAGCCUUGGUGGUUCUUUUCACUGACAUGGCAUCAGAAAGGGGAACGGACUUUGACAGUUUGGAGGAGAUGGAUGAUAUCUCCGAUUCUGGCAGUGACUUUGAGGCCCAGAUGAGCUCCAUGAAGCGGAGAAAACCAGCUGUUUCUGUCGCAGCAGCACGGCCACCCAAGAGACCAAGGCGUAAAGCUGCAGCAAGGCUGUCAUCCAGCCCGAGCAGCAGUCCCAUCCACACUCCCCGAGGCCACUCCCCGCAGCAGCAGCGGCAACAGCAGCAGCCCUCCCUGGGGACAUCCAGGCAGGCCUCUCUUAGGCCUGUGAGGAGAGGGAACAAGGGGAACCAGUAUAUCAGUGCAAGGGAUAUGUAUGAUGCCGUUUGCUCUGGAAAGAGUGCCAUGGUGACAGUGGUGGAUGACUGGUUGGACAGCUACAAGCAAAGCCGUGAGGACGGUCUGCUGGUGCUCAUCAACUUCAUUGUUCAGUGCUGCGGAUGCAAAGGAGUGGUGAGCAGAGAAAUGUUUGACAGUAUGCAGAACGCUGAGAUCAUCGGCACACUAACCAAAGAGUUCAAUGAGGACUCUAUAAACUACCCUCUGAGCACUCCAGGGCUCCAGUGGAAGCGUUUCAAGGCCAGCCUGUGUGAGUUUGCUCGGGUUCUGGUGCGCUCCUGUCAAAGCAGCCUGCUGUAUGACGAGUACCUCUUCUCCUCCUUAUUGGCCCUGCUCACUGGCCUGUCUGACUCCCAGGUCAGAGCCUUCAGACACACCAGCACCCUGCUUGCUAUAAAGCUGAUGUCUGGGCUGGUGGAUGUGGCCAUGACAGUGUCUGUUCAGCUAAAGACAAACCAGCGGCGCUACGACAUGGAGAGCAGCAAGAGUGCUGAGGACAAGGCCUAUGACAGAAUGGAGGAGUUACAGACUACCAUGACCGAGCUGCGGGAGAACAGGGAGGAGUUGUCCUCCUUAAUGAACAGCAUUUUCCGUGGCGUGUUUGUGCACCGUUACCGGGACCAGCUACCUGAGAUUCGAGCAAUGUGUAUUGAAGAGAUUGGUGUGUGGCUGAGAGAGGACCCUGAGGACUUCCUCAGUGAUGGAUGCCUUAAGUACCUGGGGUGGACCCUGCACGAUAAGCAAAGUCCAGUGCGUCUGCAGUGUGUGCGUGCCCUGCAGGGUCUGUACCAGGAGAAGGAAUUCAUUGGCCGCCUGGAGCUUUUCACAAGCAGAUUUAAAGAGAGAAUGCUCAGUAUGGUGCUGGACAAAGACCCAGACGUGGCCGUGGAAGUGGUCCAUCUGUUGCUGCUGAUCCAACAGAGGACUGAGGAUGGCCUGAGAGAAGAUGAAUGUGGUCACAUCUAUCCCCUGGUGUUUGCUUCACACCGAGGUGUGGCUUCUGCCUCUGGCCUUUUUCUCUACCACAAGCUGAAAACUCUGAUUGACAGUGACAGUCAGAAGAAGGAUACAGGUGGUGGGAGUGCAGACUUCUUGCAACUCCUGGUCUCAUUCUACAUGCAGAGUGAGUUCCACGAACAUGGAGCGUACCUGGUGGACAGUCUGUGGGGUGUGGCAGUUUCGGAGCUGAGGGACUGGGAGACCAUGACGGCACUCCUGCUACAGAAGGAAGGUGAUCGACAAGAUCUGAUGUAUGAGGAGGAGGGUGCUCUCAUAGAGUUGAUGGUGUGUGCCAUGAGACAGGCAGCAGAGGCAAACCCUCCUGUUGGAAGGGCUCAGGGCAAGAAGAUCCUCAGCAUGAAGGAUAAGAAGAGCCAGGCUCAAGACAAGAGACGCCUCACAGCACACUUCAUCCCCUUACUGCCGCAGCUACUGGCCAAGUACUCAGCAGAUGAAGAGAAGGUGAGCCUCCUCCUGAAGGCUCCCCUCUACUUCGACCUGGAGGCAUACAGCAGCGCUGGACGACUCGAAAAGUGUCUGGACCUGCUGCUGUCGCAGGUAUGUGGCAUCGUGCAGAAGCACACGGUUACUGGCGUUCUGGAGGCUUGUGCCCGCCUGGCCAGUGCCCUUUGCUCGGACUGCUACACCUUCUCCUCUCGUGCACGCCUGAUGUUCAGCCAGCUGCUGGACCGCCUCACUGAGUGCUUCAACACCUUUGUUAAUGAUCUGCUGCAGGGUACUGCAGAUGAAGAUGACAUGUACAGUGCAGCCACUGCUUUGAAGAGAAUUGCAGCAUUCAGCAGUGCCAUGGACCUGACAGGCUGGAAGCUGUUUGAUCCCUGUUUUCAGCUUCUAAAGAGCAGAGUGGAGAGCAAAGACCUUGACAAGGAGCUCAUGGUGUCAGCUCUGAAGUGUGCUGCCUUCCACCUGCUCUGGGCCAAAGUGAAUGCGGUCAGCUCCAAGCCAACCGAGGUGGAGUUAAGGCGUCUGAAGAAGGAGGUGCGUUCGUUCUGCAGUGUGUGUCGGACGUGUCUGUCUCUGGGCCAGGCUGUGAUCAGAGACCAGGCAUUUGAGCUGUUGUGUGACUUGCUGCUGUUGUACAGUGUGGGUUCAUUUCGCUCCGAGCCUGCCCUCCAAACUCUUGCUUACUUGCCUUCUGACCCCCUUCGCUCUGAGAUGGCUGCUUUUCUCCUCGACUACAUCUUCACUGGCCCCGAAGACGACGAGCUUGCUGGUGAGAAUGAGGAGGAGGUGAAGAUAUCCAUCCUACAGCGAAAGCGCAAUCAGCUGGCUGGCUACUGUAAGCUCGUCAUCUACGGAGUGCUAGACCUCAGCGCCGCCACAGAUGUCUUCAAGCACUACAGCAAGUACUACAGAGACUUUGGGGACAUCAUCAAAGAGACAAUAAGCAAGAGCAAGCUCAUCAAUCCGGUGCAGAGUGCCAAGACUGUCUGUCUGUGUCUGCAGCAGCUGUUCUCAGAGAUGAUUUCAGAAGACCAAAGCAGGGAAGAACUUGGAGAGAUUAAAGAUUUGGCCAAGAAGCUUGCCAUGAGCUUUGGCAUUGAUCUGCAUCGUGUCCGCAAGCCACUUGUGGCCCUACACACGGAUGGUAUACGUUUUGCUUUCCGAGACCCAAAGGAGGAAGGGCCGCAGCAACCCAACCUGGCCUUCUUGGAGAUCCUUAGCGAGUUCAGUUUCAAGCUGAUUCAUCAGGAUCGCACCCUGCUGUCUGAAUUCCUGAAAGCAGAGUGUCCCAGGGCUGCCCUCUCCUGGCCAUCAGUCAGAAUGUACCGGCGCUCCUUAGAGAGCCGCUCCUCAUCCAGACCCACUGAAGAGGGAGGAGGAGGAAGCGAGAGGAGCAGCACCCCGUCCUCACACGACACCCCUGUAGCUAAACGCAGGAGGCCCACCGCCAAGGGUUUGGCGUCCAGUGUCAGCAGAGGAUCCUGGUUGGACAGCAGCAGUAUCCAUAGCAACCUGCCCACCCCAGCCCUCACCUCCACCGCCCAGCGACAGCAGGCCAAGCAGGUGGCCGCCGUGCAUACCAGAGCCAAAGACCCUGAUAAAGGCAGCGACCUUACUGAGCCAGUGUCUGAGGAUGAGUUCUCACAAGCGCCCCAGAUGCGUAAGGUGAAGCCCAGUAAACGGCGCCAGCCUGUCCUCUCCUCCACUCGGAAUGACCUGGACUCUCACCUGACUCUGCUGUCUUUGAUUGAGGAGGAUAAUAUGGAAGAAGAGCCUGAGAUCGAGGACUUUGAAAGCGACUCUGACCAUGAUACUCACUUCUCAAUGCCUUCGACCCAUUACACCUCAAACAGUUUACUGGAGGACCUUUUCUAGUUGGAGCUCAGAGGCCAGCAGCACGUCAGGACAAUAUCUCCUCUGAAGUAUUUAGGUUACCACAUUUUGUAGUUCUACUGGAUUUCAAUGGUUUAAAUACAUUUGAGUGUACAAAAUAUUAGGGUGAUCUACUCUUUGCAUAAAAUAUGCCGACAAGGAAACCCGUCCUGAAAUAAAAUGGAUGCAGUUCAAUCUCAAUAAUUUAUUACUUUUUUGUCACUCAUUGUAGCAAUUCUGUUAUGGCAGUUUUCAUCAUAACCUCCAGAAAUGUGGCUGGCUAUUAAUGUUAAAAAAAAAAAAAAAAAAAAAAAGGAAACAAUGCUGGCCAGGUUUAUGUGUUCACAUAAUGUGUCUUUGUUUUGGACAUGACUUA